CCAUAUUUGGGCCUUACGAGCCCACAGGCCCCGGAGAAGCCGCGGGGAGGCCGGGAGCCCGCGGGCCGGAGCCGCCCGGCCGGAGUGUGGGCGCUGGGCGGCCGGCCCACCCGUGGGGGCGACUUGAGCGUUGAGGGCGCGCGGGGAGGCGAGCCAUCAUGUUCAACCAGCAGCAGCAGCAGCAGCUCCAGCAGUUACAGCAGCAGCAGCUCCAGCAGCAGCAAUUGCAGCAGCAGCAGUUACUGCAGCUCCAGCAGCUGCUCCAGCAGUCCCCACCACAGGCCCCGUUGCCCAUGACUGUAAGCCGGGGCCUCCCCGCACAGCAGCCACAGCAGCCGCUUCUGAAUCUCCAGGGCACCAACUCAGCCUCCCUCCUCAACGGCUCCAUGCUGCAGAGAGCUUUGCUUUUACAGCAGUUGCAAGGACUGGACCAGUUUGCAAUGCCACCAGCCACGUAUGACACUGCCGGUCUCACCAUGCCCACGGCAACACUGGGUAACCUCCGAGGCUACGGCAUGGCAUCCCCAGGCCUCGCAGCCCCCAGCCUGACAACCCCCAGCCUCACACCCCCCCAACUGGCCACUCCAAAUUUGCAACAGUUCUUUCCCCAGGCCACUCGCCAGUCCUUGCUGGGACCUCCUCCUGUUGGGGUCCCCAUGAACCCCUCCCAGUUCAACCUUUCAGGACGGAACCCCCAGAAACAGGCCCGGACCUCCUCCUCUACCACCCCCAAUCGAAAGGAUUCUUCUUCUCAGACAAUGCCUGUGGAAGACAAGUCAGACCCCCCAGAGGGGUCUGAGGAAGCCGCAGAGCCCGGGAUGGACACAUCAGAAGACCAAGAUUUACCACCCUGCCCAGAGGACAUCGGCAAGGAAAAAUGCACUGCAGCACCUGAGCCUGAGCCUUGCGAGGUGUCCGAGCCGCCAGCCAAGAGGUUGAGGAGCUCAGAAGAACCCACAGAGAAGGAACCUCCAGGGCAGCUACAGGCGAAGGCCCAGCCACAGGCCCGGAUGACAGUACCGAAACAGACACAGACACCAGACCUGCUGCCUGAGCCCCUGGAAGCCCAAGUGCUGCCACGAUUCCAGCCACGGGUCCUGCAGAUCCAGGCCCAGGUGCAGUCACAGACUCAGCCACGGAUACCACCCACAGACGCCCAGGUGCAGCCAAAGCUGCAGAAGCAGGCACAAACACAGACCUCUCCCGAGCACUUAGUGCUGCAACAGAAGCAGGUGCAGCCACAGCUGCAGCAGGAGGCAGAGCCACAGAAGCAGAUGCAGCCACAGGUACAGCCACAGGCACAUUCACAGGCCCCAAGGCAGGUGCAGCUGCAGCAGGAGGCAGAGCUGCAGAAGCGGCUGCAGCCCCAGGCACGUUCACAGCCCCCAAGGCAGGUGCACCUGCAGCUGCAGAAGCAGGCCCAGACACAGACGUAUCCACAGGUCCACACACAAGCACAGCCAAGGGUCCAGCCGCAGGAGCAGCCUCCAGCGCAGGUGCCAGUACAGCCACCAGAGCAAACCCAUGAGCAGCCUCAGACCCAGCCACAGGUGUCGGUGCUGGCUCCAGAGCAAACACCGGUUGUGGUUGAUGUCUGCGGGUUGGAGAUGCCACCUGAUGCAGUAGAAGCUGGUGGAGGCAUGGAAAAGACCUUGCCGGAGCCUGUGGGCACCCAAGUCAGCAUGGAAGAGAUCCAGAAGGAGUCGGCCAGUGGCCUAGAUGUGGGAGAAUGUGAAAACAGAACAAGAGAGAUGCCAGGGGUAUGGGGCGCUGGGGGCUCCCUGAAGGUCACCAUUCUGCAGAGCAGUGACAGCCGGGCCUUUAGCACUGUACCCCUGACACCUGUGCCCCGCCCCAGUGACUCUGCCUCCUCCACCCCUGCAGCUACCAGCACUCCCUCAAAGCAGGCCCUCCAGUUCUUCUGCUACAUCUGCAAGGCCAGCUGCUCCAGCCAGCAGGAGUUCCAGGACCACAUGUCGGAGCCUCAGCACCAGCAGCGGCUAGGGGAGAUCCAGCACAUGAGCCAAGCCUGCCUCCUGUCCCUGCUGCCCAUGCCCCGGGAUGUCCUGGAGACAGAGGAUGAGGAGCCUCCACCAAGGCGCUGGUGUAACACCUGCCAGCUCUACUACGUGGGGGACCUGAUCCAACACCGAAGGACACAGGACCACAAGAUCGCCAAACAAUCCUUGCGACCGUUCUGCACCGUUUGCAACCGCUACUUCAAAACCCCUCGCAAGUUUGUGGAGCACGUGAAGUCCCAGGGUCAUAAGGACAAAGCCAAGGAGCUGAAGUCGCUUGAGAAGGAGAUUGCUGGCCAAGAUGAGGACCACUUCAUUACAGUGGACGCUGUGGGUUGCUUUGAGGGUGAUGAAGAGGAAGAGGAUGAUGAGGAUGAAGAAGAGAUCGAGGUUGAGGAGGAACUCUGCAAGCAGAUGAGGUCCAGAGAUAUAUCCAGAGAAGAGUGGAAGGGCUCGGAGACCUACAGCCCCAAUACUGCAUAUGGUGUGGACUUCCUGGUACCCGUGAUGGGCUACGUCUGCCGCAUCUGCCACAAGUUCUAUCACAGCAACUCAGGGGCACAGCUCUCCCACUGCAAGUCCUUGGGCCACUUUGAGAACCUGCAGAAAUACAAGGCGGCCAAGAACCCCAGCCCCACCACCCGACCUGUGAGCCGCCGGUGCGCAAUCAACGCCCGGAACGCUUUGACAGCCCUGUUCACCUCCGGCGGCCGCCCACCCUCCCAGCCCAACACCCAGGACAAAACACCCAGCAAGGCCCUUUGAACAUGCUGCUGUCUCUGCCUGGAAUGUGCUGGGUCCUCCCAUCUUCCUUCCCUCCUCUCCUCCUGGAUGAGUCCCACUCAUCCUUCAAGUCUCAGUAUGGAUGUCACCACCGGGAGCCCACCCAAUGCCCCAGACUGGAUCAGGCCUCUAUGCUGAGCCCCUAGCCCUCCUCAGCCCUCCACGACCCUCUCCAGGAUUGACUGCUGUGCUUAUCUGAGUGCUGUUCUGUUUCCCCAUGAAAGCUGAAUGGUCCUGUGUUCGCUGCUGGCUCCCUGGCACCCUCACAGUUUUGCAAUAAGCAUUUGUUGAAUGACUGAGUGAGUGAAUGAAUGAAGCCUCUGACUUUCCAGCCUCUCCGCCAUUGCUCAACUAUCCCUGCAACCUAGAAUGCCUCAACCACAACAGCCCAUCAAGGACCAGCUCAAAAUGCCUCCUCCAAGAAGUCUUCCCUGAUCUCCACUAGAAACCAUCACUCCCUCCCCUCCACGGCCACUCCAGAGCUGCCUUGCUCAGCAACACAGUGUCCCUGAGGACUCAAGGUCUGGGCCUGUGCCCACUGCGGGACCCAGUUCUGAGCCAGCCCAUGACUCAGAUACACUCAGCUGCCAGCUUGAGACCAAGAGGGAAGCAGCCAGUGGAGGAGCUGGAGGAGCCUAUCUGGGUUAUGGGUGCACUUGUGCCUGUGUUCUGGGAAAGGGCACCCAUUCCCAGCCACCCUCACAGAGGACAGAGUCCUGGGAAAUUGGCUGCAUCUUAAAGUCCAACCCCCUCGUGGUAUAUAGCUAGGGAAACCAAGGCCUCCGAAGGAACCUGCCCAGGAUCCUCCAGGUUGGUAACAGAGUUGAAACUCAGGAUUGGACUUGGAGGUCAGGGGCACUUGGGUUUGAAUUCCAGCUCUGCUUUACCCCAGCAAGUUGUUGCACCUUUCUGGAAAAAAGGGAAAACUGGGUGGUCGUGAGGAUUCAAACAUAUCAAGAGUUCAGACAGUGGCCAGCGUGGUGGCUCACGCCUGUAAUCCCAGCAUUUUGGGAAGCCAAGGCGGGUGGAUUACCUGAGGUCAGGAGUUCGAGACCAGCCUGGCCAACAUGGUGAAACACUGUCUCUACUAAAAAUAUAUAAAAAUCCUGUAAUCCCAGCACUUUGGGAGGCCAAAACGGGCAGAUCACGAGGUCAAGAGAUCGAGACCAUCCUGGCUAACACGGUGAAACCCCGUCUCUACUAAAAAAUACAAAAAGCUAGCCAGGCAAGGUGGCGGGUGCCUGUAGUCCCAGCUACUCGGGAGGCUGAGGCAGGAGAGUGGCGUAAACCCAGGAGGCAGAGCUUGCAGUGAGCUGAGAUCCGGCCACUGCAUUCCAGCCUGGGCGACAGAGCGAGACUCCGUCUCAAAAAAAAAAAAAAAAAAAAAAAUAGCCAGGCGUGGUGGUCACUUAUAGUCCCAGCUACUUGGGAGGCUGAGACAUGAAAAUCGCUUGAACCCAGAAGGCAGAGGUUGCAGUGAGCCAGGAUCAUGCACUGUACUCCAGCCUGGGCAACAGAACAAGACUCCAACUCAAAAAAAAAGAGUUCAGACAGGAUCUGGCCACAGCAAGUACUUAGUGGAUGAUCAUUAUUAUCAAUAUUUUGAAUUCUGUGUCCUGGGAUACAGGCUGGGAGGAGGAAUUGGGGAGGCAGGUGCCCCACACCCCUCCAGGCCAGGCUUUAUCUGUGUCAAGGGUACUUCCCAGUUCCAAGCCUUUGCUUCUGCCUGGGACACCACUGUCCUAAGUCCUGUCUGCCAGCAUCCACUCAAUGUGACCUCCUGGGAAGCUCUUCCUGAUGCUCCCAACAGCAUUGCCCAAUGCAAACCUACCUAAAACUAUUGUGGUGAUGGAUGCACAGCCCUGGGAAUACACAAAAGCCCACUGAACUGUACAGUUUAAAUGGGUAAGUUGUAUAGCUCAAUAAAGCUGUUACCCCAAACAAAA